AACAGCAUCUGAACCCCUUAUGUUUAAAGGUUUCCUUUCAUGGUUGAGAAUGCCGGAGGGUCCUGAGCUUCAUUUGGCUAGCCUGUUUGUCAACAGGAUGUGUGCAGGGCUUGUGUUUACCGGAGCUGUAGAGAAAUCUGAAGUGAAUAAAAAUCCUGAGGUCCCAUUCUGCUGCGAUGCCUACACCAUCAGAGCCCAGUCCAGAGGAAAAGAGGUCAUACUCACACUAACACCCUUUAAAAACGAUGGCAAACGCAAGGUCGGUAAACAUCAGUCUCAGCAGCCCAUGGAUGUAGUUUUCCGGUUUGGGAUGUCAGGGUUUUUCCGCUUCACUACAGAAGCCGAUCUUCCAAAACAUGCCCACCUGCGGUUCUACACUGCUGAGAGCCCACGCAGGGUCCUGAGUUUUGAGGACACACGCAGAUUUGGCAGCUGGCAAGCAAAUGGGACCUGGCAAAAAGACAGAGGGCCUUGCGUCAUGUUUGAGUACGAGAAGUUCAGGGAGAAUGUUCUUUCAAAUCUGUCUGACAAGGCAUUUGACAAACCCAUCUGUGAGGCGCUCUUAAAUCAGAAGUAUUUCAACGGGAUCGGGAACUAUCUUCGAGCAGAGAUUUUGUUCAGAUUACAAAUCCCCCCAUUUGUGAAGGCACGGACAGUUCUAGAGGGAAUUGAGCCGAAAAAUGAGGAUAAAAAGGAGAUCAAAAAGACUACAGAUACUGCCAGAAAGAAGGGGGUGAAGGUUGAGACCCCAGACCUCCUUUCUUUGUGUCACACUGUUCCCUUGGAGGUGGUGAAAUUGGGUGAAAAUGGCUAUAAACCAGCAAAGGCUGAAUAUUCUGUGCUACAAGCCUGGAUGCAGUGUUACUCUGUGGAUGGAAUGAAGUCAUUAAGUGACCACAAUGGACGGACAAUUUGGUUCAAAGGGGAUCCUGGUCCUAUGGUGCCCAAAGGUGCCAAAUCCCGCAAAAAUAAGUGGAAAGUACAGAAAGAUCACGAUUAUACUGAUUCAAAGAAAGCCAAAAAGACUUACACCGAGAGCAUUGCAUUAGAAAAGCCUGCCAAGAAAAAGGACAACACAAAGGUAAAGAAAGAAAGUGCAACCUCUAAAGCACAAAGUGGAUCAAAAAGACAGAAAAAAGACACAAAGAGUGUCAGUACAGAACCUGCGGAUGAGAACACAAAGACGAAAAAACAAGGGAAGAGAAGCUCAAAAGUUCCUCCAAGGACUAGAGCUAACAAAAUCAAAGGCCAACAGGUGGAGGAACUGAUUAAAACUAAAAGGAAUCCCAUCACCUGCAGGGAGAGUGCAACAAAAGCAAAGCUACAGAGGAGAAGUAGUGGCGCACGACGAGGCCGUUCAAGAUGAUGACUUAAACCUGUAUAAGGGGAUGAAACUACUGUAAUGGACCACUCAGACCUUUUAUAUUCAGUAAAGACUUCAUAAUCUAUUUUUAACAUAAAAUAUGUAUACAAAAAAUACACUUCUUUAAAUUCUA